AUGAUAGAAGAAAUCAAUAAAAAGACCUAUGAUCCUAAUCUAUAUUUUUCAAGCUUAGAAUCAUCUAACUACGGAAGGGUUUCCAAAAGACACAGUAACGAUAAAAAUAAUGAACAAAAGAACAGUAGACAAGCUAAAAGAAUUAAUUAUUCCUUGGCUGGUAUGGAAGCACAAAUAUACAACAAACGUAAUAAUGAAACUGACAACGAUUCUUACGACGAUGUUGAAAAUCAAGCUACAGAGGCUAAAAACAAUUCUUAUAAUUUACAGAAUGUUUUAAGUUCAAAUAGAAGAUUUUUAGAGUUGGACACCGAAAACUAUAGCGAUAUCAAAUAUGUACCACAAUUAUUAAGUGCGUUAACUGGGUUGAGUAGAGAUCAAAUAGAUAAUAAAACGAGUUUGACAUUAGGCAAUGGUAGAGACGGUACUACUAUUCAUAAUAGUAACUUCACAAUCCUAAACAGUAAUAGUAAUGAAAGAGGUGGAAUUAGUGAAUCCAAGAGAUUAAUAGCUAAAAAAUAUGAUAUACCGAAGAACUUACACCUUCUAUAUAAUUGUACAAAACCAUCAACACUGUUUUUAACAAACACUACCAAAAGUGAUACACUUUCCGUGAACGUUGACAAUAAUAGGAAAAAGAGGAAAAAUACAAGGGGCCCUGGCAUUAAUAAUAGUAAAAGCAGUCCUUCUUUAAAGAGAAUAUUGAUUUCAAAGAGAACUUUAUAUUCGUACUUAGAUGGAUUAGACCGGCUCAAUUUUAAAAUCAUUUGUUCAAAUGUUUAUAACAAAAAAUACUUUAAAGUGCUAAGCUUAAUGCAUAUUUGCUCAAUAUGUGGAGAUAACAAUAAUUUAAGUCAGUGUAAGCUCUGUCAAACCAAAAUUUGUAGCAAGUUGAAAUGUUAUGAGUUACAUAUGGAAACCAGAUGUGGUCGGUAA